UUCAAAUGGGUAGCAUCGAACACGAGAACGACAAUCAUGUCAUCGACCCGAUAGAUCCAGAAGAAUUCAGAACUCAAGCACACAAAGUUGUGGAUUUCAUAGCAGAUUAUUACAAAAACAUCGAACAAUAUCCAGUUCUUAGCCAAGUUUAUCCUGGUUAUCUCCGAAAAAACAUUCCAGAAGAAUCAGCUCCAAAUGUUCCGGAAUCUUUGGAGCAGAUUCUUCAAGAUGUCACCCGAUUUGUGGUUCCGGGUAUCACUCACUGGCAACACCCUAAUUUUUAUGCUUACUUUUCUGCUAGUAAAAGCACUGCGGCUUUUCUUGGAGAAAUGCUUAGCUCUGGCUUUAAUGUUAAUGGUUUUAAUUGGCUGUCGUCGCCGGCGGUGACGGAACUUGAAAUGUUGGUUGUUGAUUGGCUUGGUGAGAUGUUAAAGCUUCCCAAAUCUUUCCUCUUCUCCGGCAGUGGCGGCGGCGUUCUUCAGGGAACUACUUGUGAAGCUAUUUUGUGCACUUUGGUGGGGGCGAGGGACCAGAAGCUUAGAGAGAUUGGAAGAGAUAAAUUUAGUAAGCUCGUUGUUUAUGCGUCCGAUCAAACUCACAUGUGCCUGAAAAAGGCCGCUCAUGUUGCAGGUUUUGGAGAUGAAAACUUGCGAGUAAUUGAAACAACAAAAUCCGAGCUAUAUGCGCUAUCUCCAAACUCUCUAAGAAUCGCAAUCCAAUCCGACAUCGAAAAUGGGUUCAUCCCAUUUUACCUUUGUGCAACAAUCGGAACCACUUCCACCAAUGCCGUCGACCCACUAGGUCCACUUACCGCCGUAGCUCAACCACACAAAAUCUGGGUUCACGUCGACGCCGCAUACGCCGGAAGCGCCUGCAUUUGUCCAGAGCUCCGCCACUUCCUCAACGGCGUCGAGAACGUAAACUCCAUCAGCUUAAACACCCACAAACAAUUCUUCUCAGCGCCGGAUUGUUGCUGUCUAUGGCUAAAAGAUCCAUCGGCGUUAAAGAACUCUCUCUCAACAAACCCACCGUAUUUGAGAAACGCCGCCACGGAUUCCGGCGAAGUGGUGGAUUUUAAAGACUGGCAAAUCACGCUUAGCCGCCGGUUUCAUGCAAUUAAAUUAUGGGUUGUGAUGAAAAGCUAUGGACAGGAGAAUUUGAGGAGUUUUAUUAGACAUCAUGUGGAAAUGGCGAAGCUUUUUGAGGAGAUGGUGAAGAGAGAUCAACGGUUCGAGCUGGUUGCUCCGAGGAAUUUCGGGAUGGUUUGUUUCCGAUUGUCGUUUUGGGAUGUCGACAUGUCGAAUGUGAUGAAUGCGAGAUUGCUGGAGGAGAUUAAUAAGUCGGGUAAAGCGUUUAUGAUUCAUACGGUGGUUAAAGGAGUGUUUGUGAUUCGAAUUACCAUCGGUGGGAUGAUGACGAAGGAACGACAUGUCGUCUCGACGUGGAAGUUGGUGCAGGAACUGGCGGAGAAGGUCAUGGUCAUGGAGGGUAUUUAAGGCCAUGCGUUUAAUAAUAUUAUUAAUAUGAAUAAAUAAAGUACGUGAGCCGAAGAAACAGUUUAUCUAUACUUCAAAAAUCAUCUUUGUCUUCUAUAUUAAUGUCAC